AUGCCCGGUUUAGUAUCCGUAAAAACCCCACCUCAUGGGUCCCAAACCCCGAUCCGACCCGAAUCCGACAGGUCAGAAUCCGGUGACCCGAUAUCCAACUCCCCGGCCAUUCGCCGACCCACCUCCCCUUCAACGUCAACAUCACGCGCCAAACCCUCCCCCGAUCGGAAGAAAAUGUCCCCACCGGAAAAAUCAGGACUCGACAAGUCCUCCCUUGACAACCCGAAUCUCGGCCCUUUUUUGUUGAAACUGGCCCGAGAUGCAAUUGCGUCGGGCGAGGGCCUGGACAAGGGUUUGGAAUAUGCUCUUCGGGCUGCGAAGUCUUUUGAGAAGUGCGUGGUUGACAAUGAGCCGAAUUUGGAUUUGGCGAUGAGUUUGCACGUUUUGGCGGCGAUUUAUUGUAGUUUGGGGAGAUUUGAGGAGGCAGCACCGGUUCUGGAACGGGCAAUUAAGGUGCCGGAGGUGUCAAGAGGUGCGGAUCAUGCGCUCGCAGCAUUCUCCGGCUACAUGCAGUUAGGGGAUACGCAUUCGAUGCUCGGGCAGCUGGAUCGCUCUAUUGAGUGUUAUAAGGAAGGUUUGAAGAUACAGAGGGAGGCCUUGGGUGAAAAUGAUCCCAGGGUUGCAGAAACUUGCAGGUACUUGGCUGAGGCCCAUGUUCAAGCAGUACAAUUCGAUGAAGCUGAGAAUCUGUGCAAGAAAACCCUUGAGAUUCACCGUGUUCAUAGUCCACCAGCAUCUCUUGAAGAAGCAGCUGACCGUCGAUUGAUGGCUCUCAUAUGCGAGGCUAAAGAAGGUUAUGAAUCAGCCCUUGAACACCUUGUGCUUGCGAGAAUGGCAAUGAUUGCCAACGGACAAGAAAAUGAGGUUGCAGCUAUUGAUGUUAGCAUUGGCAACAUGUACCUGUCCCUUUCCCGCUUUGACGAGGCAGUUUUCUCCUACCAGAAGGCACUGACUGUCUUCAAAUCUUCUAAGGGUGACAGCCACCCUUCAGUUGCCUCAGUCUUUGUUCGGCUUGCUGACUUGUACUACAAGACAGGAAAACUAAGGGAAUCCCGAUCUUAUUCUGAAAAUGCCUUGAGAAUAUACGCAAGCCCCCUACCUGAAACUGCCGUAGAAGAGAUUGCGAGUGGAAUGACUGAAAUUUCAGCUAUCUAUGAAUUGUUCGACGAACCUGAAGAGGCACUAAAACUCCUGGAGGAAUCCAUAAAACUUUUGGAGGAUAAGCCCGGGCAGCAAAUUACAAUUGCUGGAAUCCAAGCACGGAUUGGUGUGAUGUUUUACGUGGUUGGAAGGUAUGAAGAAUCAUGGAGCUCUUUCGAGAAUGCUGUAGCAAAACUUAGGGCCAACGGUGAGAGGAAAUCAGCAUUCUUUGGAGUUGUGUUGAACCAGAUGGGGUUGGCUGGUGUACAAUUGUUCAAGAUAGAUGAGGCUGCCGAGUUGUUUGAAGAAGCAAGAGAAAUAUUGGAACGGGAGUGUGGCCCGUAUCAUCAGGAAACUCUUGGUGUAUAUAGCAAUCUUGCAGCAACUUAUGAUGCUAUGGGAAGAAUUGAAGAUGCAAUAGAGAUUCUUCAGUAUGUUCUUAAAUUGAGAGAAGAGAAUCUUGGAACAGCAAAUCCAGAUUUUGAUGACGAGAAGAAAAGGCUAACUGAGCUUUUGAAAGAAUCCGGCAGGUCUAGGAACAAGGAGGCAAAAUCACUUGAAAACUUUAUCGACCCUCAUACCAGAAGGACAAAGAAAGAGACGUCAAGAAAGUGGUCUGGUUUUGGGCUCAGAAGUUGA